UCCGCGGUCACACUGGUGAAACAUUUGAUAAAAAAUAUGAAUUGAACGGUAGUAUCUACUCAGAACGAGGCAUGUCAGCAGCAGCAGAAGCAGCAGCAGCAGCGGACGCAGCACUAGAGCAGUAAUCCAAGACGGAGAGGAGCAUUCACAGACUCAGUUUCAGUCCCAGUUCCAGUUCCAGUACACAUCCAUACAGCUGAGUUCAAGCAGCAAACCAUCCAGCAUCCAACGUCCAGCUUAUCUACCCCCAGGCAGGAAAUGAAUUCAAAUUCCUGUAGCGACAGCAGCAACGAUUCGAUGGCCAAUCCGCUGCAAAUGAACUUUGGACAGCCGCAGAUGCAGAUGCAGAUGCAGUCGCUGCAGCAGGAGCGCUAUGUGUGGGAGAUGCGAACUCGCAGCCCGAAUGUGACGCCUGCCAGCACAGUGCUUAACUCACCGGACCUGAAUGCCGAGCUCCCGUAUGCGCCGCUGCAGGGCCAGUCGCCGGGACAGUUGUCCAUGGGCUAUGGGGAAACUGGCGGACAGAUGUCAUCCUCCUACUACUACCAGCGGCCGCAUCUCCAUCAGAUACGUGUCGGACGAAGUCCGGGCAGCCAGUUCGAUGCCCACGAAUCAUCCCUGCCACAGGGUCGUGCCAGUCCUGGUUCGCCAACGGAUGUGGGCAAGGCCGAUGGCCAGUGCCUGAGGGAUGGGGAGAUUGUUGUCUUCGACGACAUUGACACAAACUGGAUGAACAAGGCCGCAUCGGUGUUGCGCUCAGACAGCCAGGAGGAUAUACUGAAGGUAACCAAAAUGAUUGGUCAGCUGCCCAUAGCCGAGUACGAGGGAUCGCCGCGUCGGUUUGGCAACCAGCCGGCGACAGUGCCAGCGGCAGCAACAAGCAACGCAUUGAAUAGCGGCUCACGCAAACGACCGCCAGGCUUUCCACAGCGCGUCUCGCCCACCACGAGCGGCAGCGGUGUGGCCGGCAAGGCAUCGUCGGGCAAUCUGAUAGAUCUGAAUGAUCACGAGGAGGACAGCAGGAUGGCGGCAGCAGCAAGAGAGAAAACACCAGCAUUCGAUUAUUUAUACGAGUUCUCGGAGACGCGCAAGGUGCUGGAGGAGUUCUUCAAGGCCAAUCCAGAUGAUGAGAAACGUUUCGCGGACUACACCACAGAGAGUGGCGAUGAUGUGCCCAAUGCGCAGCAGCAGCAGCAGGAAUAUCCGGCAACGACACCCUUGGAGCAAGCAUACAUUGGCCAGCGGCUGGCUAGGAUACCCAAAGAAGAGCUUUAUAUGGUACAUCGUUCGCCCAGCAAGAAGCAGCAGCAACCCAGCGAGAACAGCGUCUGUGUGCCGAUUGUGUACCAGGAGCAGCACAACGAUAUUGAGCUGUAUAUCGAUUCGAAUAGCCGCAGCAGCGGUGAUCCGGCGGAUACCGAACUGGAGGCGAAUCUACGGCGACAUUCGCGUAACUUUACCCUCUCGCCGGAGACAACGGACUACGAUUCGAACUGCGGCGAUCUGGAUAGCCUGUCGAAUGACAUCAACUGCCCCACAGACUAUGGCAAGCUGUACACGAGCAUGCCCGUGCUGGAGGAUGGCCUUAGCAGUGGCCAUGCCUCCGAUACGGAGAACAAUGUGUCUGUUGUUUGUGACAAGCAACAGCAGCAACCCCAACAGCAGCCCGUCCACGAGCACAAUGGCAAUGCAAAUGGCCCGAUAAAUGGUGAACGACUGGAGAACGAAUACAACAACAGUGCCAGUCUGGCGACUGUCACCACGGAUGCCUCCCAUUCGGCGCUGAUAAGUGACUUUGCCUCGCUGCCAAUGCCGAUGCCACCGCCACUGCCAUUGCCACUGCCCUGCACACCGCCGCAAAUUGACCUGCCAGACACGAACAGUCACGAACAGUCCAUGCAGGCCGAGCAGGCCACAGCAGCCGCCGUAGCUGUGGAAAGCGAUUGCUGCCCCAUCGAGCAAUCCCAUUAUGGUGCAGUCUAUGAAGCAGGCAGUGCCGUCCAACAGUCGGCCACUGCGGCGGUAGAGAUCCAGGAGGCAAUGAAGGAGAUACGCACGGCCCUGCAGCGGGCCAAGACACAGCCGGAUAAGCUCAAGUUUUGCGACGAAGUGCUGCCAACCGAGCCGGAGUCCCCCGUGUGGGUGCCGCGCAAAUGUGAGGCGGCAGCAAUUGGAAUAGCAACAGCAGUGCCAGCCCCAGCGGCGCAGGAAGAGGAGCCGGAUACCGAUCUGGAAACGGAUCGAUUACUGGGCCAGCAGCGGCACGAGGAGCAGGAUUUUUUUUCCGAUCUGUCUCAGGAGCCAGAUAGCAAUGCCAAUGAGGGAACGGAAAUAGCCAGCAAUGGGCAUCUGAAUGGCGGCUGCAUUGACAACAAUAAUCCGAAGCCGCAGACCUAUUCGACGGCCACCAUACGGCAGGGUAUCGGCACCUCCCUGACGCCCAAUUCGCCGGACAUUUGCCAGAUUGCGGGCACGGCGGACAUAACGAUCAGCGGUUCACCGGAGAAGCUGCAGUUCACCAAGAGUCCGACGGGAUCCAUUAAGUCGCUCAAAGACUCGGCAAAUAGCGAUAAGAAGGCAAAGUCGCGUAACAAGGAGGGUCUAUUGGAACCCAAAGUUCUCAUCGAGGGGGUGCUCUUCCGAGCCAAGUAUCUGGGAUCGACGCAGCUCGUGUGCGAGGGUCAGCCCACGAAGUCAACGCGCAUGAUGCAGGCCGAAGAGGCUGUCUCAAGGAUCAAGGCUUUGGCACCCGAGGGCGAGAGUCAGCCGAGCACGGAGGUGGAUCUGUUCAUAUCAACCGAGAAGAUAAUGGUGCUAAACACAGACCUCAAGGAGAUCAUGAUGGAUCAUGCCCUGCGCACCAUUUCUUACAUUGCCGACAUCGGGGAUCUGGUGGUGCUGAUGGCCCGUCGCCGGUUCGUGCCCAACAGUUUGGGCGAUUCAAAUCCUAGCCCCAGUCCAAAUCCGCUUGGAGAUGUGUCCAAUCCGACUGUGUCGGUGUCGGUGUCGGCCAGCGAUGCAGCUGACUCCUCGCCACCAAAGGAGCCCUUACAGGCGCUGCACAGCAAGCACAAUCGCACACCGAAGAUGAUCUGCCAUGUGUUCGAGAGCGAUGAGGCUCAGUUCAUAGCCCAGUCGAUUGGCCAGGCCUUCCAGGUGGCCUACAUGGAGUUCCUCAAGGCCAAUGGCAUCGAGAACGAGAAUCUGGCCAAGGAGAUGGACUACCAAGAGGUGCUCAACAGUCAGGAGAUCUUUGGCGAUGAGCUCGAGAUAUUCGCCAAGAAGGAGCUCCAGAAGGAGGUUGUCGUACCCAAGGCCAAGGGCGAAAUUCUUGGCGUUGUCAUCGUCGAAUCCGGCUGGGGCUCCAUGCUGCCCACGGUCGUGAUUGCCAAUCUAAUGUCCACCGGGGCCGCAGCCCGUUGCGGGCAGCUGAACAUUGGCGACCAGCUGAUAGCCAUUAAUGGCAUGAGCCUAGUCGGUCUGCCGCUCUCCACCUGCCAGAGCUACAUACGCAAUGCCAAGAAUCAAACUGCCGUCAAGUUUACCGUCGUGCCCUGUCCCCCAGUCGUUGAGGUGAAGAUACUGCGGCCCAAGGCCCUCUUCCAGUUGGGUUUCAGUGUCCAGAAUGGCGUGAUCUGCAGUCUGCUGCGCGGUGGCAUUGCCGAGCGCGGCGGUGUCCGUGUGGGUCAUCGCAUCAUCGAGAUUAACAAUCAGAGUGUUGUGGCCGUACCCCAUGAUACCAUUGUCAAGCUCCUGUCAUCAUCUGUGGGCGAGAUCCUUAUGAAGACCAUGCCCACGUCCAUGUUUCGUUUGCUCACUGGCCAAGAGACGCCUAUCUAUAUAUAAAAAAAAUAUAUGAAUCUGCUCACACACGACCUGCCCCCCUGCCCGUCGCACUUCGUUAUAGUACACUCCGUGUACUGAACGGACCUGCAAAUGCACUCUCCAAUUGGAAUCACUCGCUAGCAAGGGCAAUCUCUGUGUAUAAUCGAUCCUAAAACGAACUCCUAAUUGACGAGCGAGCUCAAAAUUGAUCAACUUUAAGUGGAGCAGCAUUAAAGCCGCAAUGCAUGGCCAUUGUUAUCGUUAUGGAUAACAAAAGUUCAACAAUCGAUUUGAACAUAGCAAAAAGCAGCUUUAAAUUUGAAUGCCUCCGAUAAAAACGAAACAAUGUAAAUGGAAGUAACUUUCGAUGUAACUCGAUUAUUUCGAAACAGUGUCGAAGCCCGAAGGAAUGGAAGGAAUAAUCAGUCUCACCCAAUGUUUGCUUCUUGGUUGCUUGGCUUCUCUUUCGUUACAGUUCGCGUUGCUCUUUGCCCUUCUUUGUAUAUGAAAAAGACUGAAUUUUGAGAGAGUGUGUUCGUGAGUGCGUGGAUGGAUUGGUCUGUGUGGGUGUGGGUGUGGGUGUGGGUGUGCUACUCAGUGUCUGUGUACAGCAGAGUACUAAAAUUGUAAAGUACUCAACCUCAGCGUCCUGUCUACUGGGUCUUGUGUCCCAGAACCCAGUAAGCAGUACCCAGAACACACCCCUCCCUCGUGUAGAACAAUAGUUUAAGCAUUCGAUUGAAUUUACUUACUUGCAAGCAACUACAAUUAUUGUAUUAACUUCUAUGAUAUGAUUUCCAUGUAAAUGAACCCUAAGGCUUACCGUAUUUAAUAUUAUUUUUUAACUACAUUUAUAAUUUUGAUGAAGAGGAAACAAAAAAAAACAAUUUAUGCCAAAAAAGAAAUACGCUAUAAGGGAAUAUUUACGCGAUAAGCUGAGAUUUCGUUGAAUUUUUAUUGUAUAGAGAGAGAGCCGUUAUGGAUUAUUAUUGCAAUACCGGAGAUAUCAUAAUUAUAUUUAUAGCCUAGCAUAAGUAACCAAAGCCAUGCAUGCCUGCAAAACAACCACAAAGCCCGCAAAAAUACCACAACAAAAUAAACAAAACAAAAUUGAAAACAAAAA